UUGUUAAUCUGAAACCAAUUGAUUUUCCUUUUUCAGAUAAACUUAUAGAUCCAGAUACCUUGCAGGAAGUGCCAAGGAACAUAUUUAUCUCACCACAUGGGAUUCUGUUAUUGUGGAAGACUACUUCUGGUAACAUUGAGACCUUUGUGUGUGCAGUACGGAAUGAUUUUUCGGAUGUACCACAUUUUAAUGAUUCUUGUACUCAAUAUUUAUUGAAGUCCCCUGAUCAGGAGGAGACUCAUAAAAGUUGCGUCAUCUGGACGUAUGGCGUGGAACCUACUCACUUCUUUAUUAAAGAUUUGCAAACUGACGUGAAACCACAGAUUCGUAAUCAUGGCAAUAUUAAACUAUCAUUAUGUGCACCAUGUAUGUUGCGUGAGGUACCAUCUACUCUAUGGGCACUACAUGCCAACCAUGUAGGCUUAUUGGAUGUACCACCUUAUGAAGCUAUGGUCAAUAUGAGUAAAUAUCCAGUUUACAUUAAACAGUAUCCUUUAUCCAAAGAAAAAGAGGGGAUUAAACCUGUCAUUGACAGUUUAUUACAGCAAGGUGUUAUAUGUAAAGCUCAGUCCCCAAAUAACACUCCUAUUAAUCCCAUUUUGAAACCAGGUACUAACAAGUAUCGCUUUACACAAGACUUGAGAAAGAUUAAUGAAGCAGUCAUACCUAUUUCACCUAUAGUACCUGACAUUAAUUCAAUAUUAACAGCAUUACCAGCUGACUCUAAGUGGUAUACAGUGGUGGACCUCUCCUCUGCAUAUUUCUCAAUUCCAAUACAUAAAAAUACCCAACCAUUAUUUGCAUUCACAUUUCAACAACAACAGUAUAUUUGGACACGCCUUCCAAUGGGUUAUGUUGACUCAGCAGUUGUCUACAGUGCCAUGGUAAAUAGACAUCUGGCCCAGUGUCCCUUCCUUGUAACUCAACCUUAUUGCAAUAUGUGGACGACUUUCUGGUGGCGGCCAGAAAUGAGACAGAAUGUGUCUCAGAUUCGAUAGCUCUGCUAAAACACUUGGCAGCAGGUGGACACCGAGCCUCACUUGCUAAACUUCAAUUCUGCCAAGAAUCAGUACUACCUGGGAUACAUCUUAAAGGAUGGCUGUCGAUUUUUGUCACAAGAAAGAGUGAACAGCAUUAAGGACAUUGUAUGACCGAGGAACAAGACUGAGAUGUUGUCUUUCCUAGGACUGGUAAACUAUUGUAGGAACUGGAUAGCUGAGUAUGCCGUCCAUGAUGCAGAAUUGCGCAAAGCCACACUCAAAGACUCUCCUGAAGUCAUUCAAUGGAAUGAGGAAAUGAAACAUGCCUUCCGUCACAUCAAAUAUCUCUUGUGUACUGCUCCUGCACUGGGAUUACCUGACUACAAACUAACUUUUCAUCUCUAUGUUGCAGACAAUGGUGAAAUAGUAUCCGCAGUAUUGGGACAGGAACAUGGAAACGGAAUCAGGCCGGUAGCCUAUUAUGGUAAAAUGUUGCCAUUAAUUGUCAAGGGCAUGGUUCCCUGUUUAAGAGCUGUUGCAUCCGCCGCUUUGAUGGUGGAGAAGGCACAAACUAUAGUUUUGGGACAUCCCAUGGUGUUACAUACUUCACAUACCGUAAACAUUAUCUUAGUAAAUAUCACAACACAACACAUGACAAGCCAAAGACGUAGUAAUUACGAACACAUUUUGACAGGAACUCAAAAUGUAACUAUUUCCACGGCCACACACACAAAUCCAGCUGUGCAUCUAAAAACAUUAUUGCAUGGAACAGAACCAGAGGAAGUAGCUCCUCAUGAUUGCAUGGAUAUUAUUAACUCCACAUCCAGUGUAAGGACAGACUUGCAACAAACAGCUUUGGAACAUAAUGAUUUUGUCUUAUUUUGUGAUGGUUCAGCAAUGCGCCCAGAUGAUAAAACUAUUCUUUCAGGAUAUUCCAUAGUGGAUAAUUUAGGAAAUAGUAUCAAAGCCUAUAGAUUACCUGUUUCUUCUGCUCAAGCUGCAGAGAUAGUUGCUUUGACUAGAGCAUGUCUAUAUGCCAAAGAUAAAUCAGUUACCAUAUAUACAGACUCCAAAUAUGCAUUUUCAGUGGCACAUGACUUCAGUAAAAUUUGGGAAAACAGAGGUUUUGUAACUACUGCAGGAAAACUCAUACAACACGCAGAUUUAGUAAGAGGUCUAUUGGAUGCUAUGAUGCUACCAACUAACCUUGCUAUAGUAAAAUGUGCGGGUCAUUCAAAGGCAGAUUCUGAUAUUGCUAAAGGUAAUAAUCUAGCAGACAAACAUGCAAAAGAUGCAGCGUUAAAUGAUUCCUUCCCACCAUGGAUGAAUCAUUCUUUUGUGAAUAUUCAAACUUCUGAUCCUCCGUUUACUAUUGAUGAUUUAAUAUUGUUUCAGAAUCAGGCGAAACCAUCUGAAGUUCUACUUUGGGAGAAGAAAGGAUGUGUAAAGCACAAUGAUGGUUUAUGGAAAAAUGUAGAUGAUAGAAUAGCAUUACCAAAAAUAGCGUAUGAAUCCUUAAUAUCCUAUGUACAUGGUGUUACUCAUGUAGGGUAUAAGAGCAUCAUGCACUAUAUUUCACAACUGUUCUUUACAAUAGGACUAGAACAACAAAUUAGAGAAUUUGUAAAGAGAUGCUUAAUCUGUGCUCGUUGUAAUCCACACGUCAAUCCAGCUAAAAGAGAUCAUUUGCCAAAACCUGAAGGUCCUUUCCAACAAUUACAGAUAGAUUUUACUCACAUGCCAAGUGCAGAGGAUUUUCGUAUCUUCUGGUGAUAGUGGAUCGAUUUUCAAAAUGGCCAGAAGCCUUUGCGACAAGGAAAGAAAACGCUCAAACAGUAGUCAAGUGUUUGAUGGAACAUGUUAUUCCUCGCUUUGGGAUACCAAAUGGGAUAGAUUCUGACAAUGGCACUCCUUUCACAUCUAGAGUAACUAUACAAUUGGCCGCUGCAUUAGGGAUUAAUUGGACAUUUCAAAUUCCCUAUAACCCUCAAAGCUCAGCACAAGUGGAAAGAACAAGUGGAGUCAGGUGGCUGAGCUGUUAGGGAGUCGGGCUAGUAAUCUUAAGGUCGCCAGUUCGAUUCCCG